CCGGAGUUCUUCGACUUCCAAUUUUCCAAUUUCCCACUUCUUGAUAAUUUUUCAUUCAGACCACUUCCACGUUCAAUAUCCUUCGAUGAGAGGUUAAAACUACUCGAUCCUAACGGAAAUCUGAUUAUACCAUCACCUCAGUUCACACCAACAAAGUCACGAAUACCAUUGCGAAACUGGUUCAACUCAAUGAAAAGCAGGCGUAGUCGAUUCACAAUUGCUGGAUCAACGGAAGAUUUGACAUCUCUGGCUUCAUCAGAUGACAAAUCGUUCAAGUAA